AUAUGGUCUUUAUUUUCAGGAAAACAUGGAAAUACAAUUAAUACCAUUGUACGAGGACAAAGAAAAUGUUCCAGAAUCUACAGAUAUCAUAGGGAUGCAGAGUACAAUACUGUCAUCCUUUGAGACAUCCAAGCAAAUGAUUGAUGUAAAAGUAAGUGAAGAAAACACCAAUGAGAACUCAGGGACCACAGCUGCUACCUCUGAGGAAAAGUUGCUCCAGAAGAGAGAGGAACAAGUGUCAAACUUGCAGUCUGAAAUUGCAGGUAUUAGAGACAAGAUUGAGCUGUCUACUCAAGGCAUGGAAAAGGCCAGUGCUCGGCUGAAAGAGCUUGUUGAUAAACUUGCUGAGGAGGAACGCGUCAAGGAAGAGAAGGUUGGAGAGCACAAGAUGAAAAAGAGAAUAUCGAAUCUUGUGCCGGAGUCAGAAUCCAAUAUUCAAAGGCUAAAGGAAGCCUUGAAGAAUAGUGAGGACAAAAUGGCACGUCUGAAGCAGCAGUGGGAGGCUCAUAGGCAGCCAUUGGAGGAACAGCUGUCGCAGCUUAAUCUUGAAGUGAAUAAGAAAAAGGUAUGGAUGUGAUAAAGUUUUGUAUAU